AAAAUUACACUACUAUACAUUAAUAUGAAGAAAGACUGAGUUGCUUACCGGGAAAAGAAGUUAUUCUUCAAAAGAGCACAAAAUAUAUAUAUAUUAAAAAAAAAAAAGCUCUUGCUUUUUGUGCUAGCUUUGAUUUCCAAGCUUCAUACUUUGUUUUCUUGGUCCCAUGUGGUUGAGCCAGAUCUCCGGCAUUGACUCACUCUCAGGAGAAUCCUUCAAAAUGGGGCUAAAUAUUUUUCACAGUGAAGAUAAAAUCACCACAGAAUUUUUUGGUGAUGGGAAGGCUGUUAUUUGUUGCAGUUUUUGCUUAUAAAGUGUAGAAGAAAUAAGGAUAGAGAAAUAAAGAUUAAAUUUUCAGCAAAUUUUUUUUUUUUUGAAGGAGAAAUGGAUGUUAAAGAAGGCCAAGAUGGGUUACAAAUUGAGGGUUCUUGGAUUCCAAAGACCCCUGUUAAACCCAUUCUGCCAAGAACAACCACGAUCUACACAGACUCACAGGGAAACCCGCUUGACCAAGCAAUUUGGUUGGGAUCAGACACAUUUUCUUCUAAUUUUACUCAAGCCUCUCAAGCUAGUGAAAUAGUUGCAUGUUGCAAUUCCUCAAAUUGCAGCCAAGUACACAACUGUGUCAACAGUUCAGCUAAUAAAAAUAUUGACAGUGUGGGAGCUUGCUGCAUAGAGCCCUUACCCAGAUGGAAUAAUCUCCGGUUCGCCGAUCUCCUGGCCCUCGCAGAUGCAGCCUCCGCGGCGGCCGGUAAUGUAGCACCACCACCACCACCACCACCACAGGGUAAUGACAGUGUUGCAACAAAUUCUUUCUUGUCUGUCACAAAUUGUCAGAAUGGAAAUUAUGCGGCAGAUCACAGCUCUGCAAGCCUGUUUGGAAACCAUGACCUCCAAUCAAAACCGUGGACAAAUGGCCACUGCAUGGCGGAAGAACCUAACUAUGAACUUUGUACCCCUCAUCGGCAGUCCUAUGAUCUUAAUUUGCCACCAAGGACAAUGUCUGAUGCAAACUCUAGCAAGACCAAUCCCCAGUUGGCACCCAUAACACCAGAGAAGGACAUGAGAGUACCAAAGAAAUCAGUUUCAGAUGUUCAACAUUUAUGUGCAAACGAAAGAAUGGAUGAGGAAACAGAGAAGCAGAAUGAAGUUGCUGCCACAAGAGUUGACACCAAUGAGGUCCAACCCAAUAAAGAACUCUCAACCCCUGUUACAGAUUCAUCACUUGCUGCUGUUUCCACUCCAUUCAAGGAGAAUGACUUCCCUGACAAGGGAAGCAGCCAAGAUAUUGACCUGAAUAAAACACCGCAGCAGAAACCAAGGCGGAGAAAACACCGGCCCAAGGUGAUCACGGAAGGAAAACCAAAAAGAAAUCGCAAGCCAGUGACUCCAAAACCUGCCGGUUCCAAGGAAAAUCCAACAGGGAAGAGGAAGUAUGUACGAAGGAAAGGAAUUGAAAAGCCCUCUACGACUCCUCCAGCAGAAGUAAUUGGAGAAUUUACUGAUCUGAAAACACCCAAACGUGCUAGAAAGUCAUGCAGGAGGGCUUUAAAUUUUGAUGUAGAAGGACAAGCGCAAGAUGAAAGCUCUACAUGCAAAUCUUAUAUUGAUUUAGAUCCAGAUUUACCAACCCAAGAUUUUUGCAGUAAUGAGGAUGAAUCGAUAUCAACAGUACAGCUCAGCAAAGGGGCCGUAAAACACACAGAAGCUGGCAUUGCCUAUGACCUCGCCCGCUCCAUGAAUCAGAUGCUAAAAGAUUACAUAUCAUUGCCUGAAAGGCAAGCCCCAAGCACAACGCAUCCUACAAAGACUGAUUCCUCACAGGCAGAACUGAAUGCUGAUUCCCAUAAGGAUAACAAUACAGAAGGGGAAGGUCAACUGAUUGCUCAUGAUGGAAAGGAAAACACUGCAAAAGUCAUCCUAAAAACUGACAAUCAAAUAUCACCAAAAAGUCCAAAUGAUUCCAACUGCAGCACCAGUGCAAUUUUUUCAAAAGGAGAACAAGCAAGGCAAUCGAAGAGAAGGCAUUCUCAUGCUGCUGAACAAGCUGAUGCCAGCACAACAAACCUAGCCGGGGCUCAGUUUAAUAUUUUAGACGCAUACAAUAUGAUGAAUUGGAUGCAUUUUCCAAAUAUUCACAAGAAAAAGAGAACUGAAAAGGGACAGAAUUCUACCACCUCUAGUUCAUCAUCUUGUGUUACUGCCACUAAAAAUGUUGUGAGAAUAGCGAAAUGUCCCCUACAAGAUGCUGAAGAAAAUCCUUGUUCAUCAAAAGCCAGCCAGUGGGUUUCUGGUCCCCAGUUUGAUGCUGGUACAGUUUCCCUGACAGAUGGAGGAAAAGAUCUUCAGAAUAGUCAUCCAAGUUUUGAAUGUAUUCUAGCUUUAAUUCAGACAGAGAGGUCAACAAGAAAGAGAUCUAGAGGCCCUACUCGCGCUCGUAACUUGACUUCCCUGACCAAUUUUCCAGAGUGCAUAACUCACCCCACCAAACAACCUCUAGUGGAAGGUGAUGGGCAAACAAUUGAGAUUCCACAAAAUCCUCAUACAUGCAUAGAGGCCCUGGUUGCAGAGAUGAGCACAACAUUGGCAAGAAAGAAGCGAACCAAGAAAAGAAACUCUGUUGUCGGUUCAGCUUCACACCAGAAAUUAGUCUUGUAUAAUCACAACCUACCCUCUUUCAAUUUAUCAGGUGCUUCUCAUGAAGUAACAUGGAAGCAGAUGUUUUCUAUUGAUGCAAUAGUCGAGCAAUUUAAGCAUCUAAACAUCAAUAGGGAAAGUAGUGAUUUUUCACUACUACAGCAUAAUGCAGUUGUCCCCUACAGCAUGCAAAAUCAAGAGCACAAUGCACUCGUCCUUUAUAAAAGAGAUGGUACAGUUGUACCCUUUGAAGGUUGGUUUGAUCCUAUCAAGAAACGACGUCCACGGCCUAAAGUUGACCUUGAUGAAGAGACUAAUAGAGUGUGGAAACUUUUGUUGGAGAAUAUAAACAGUCAAGGUAUUGAUGGAACUGAUGAAGAGAAGGCAAAAUGGUGGGAAGAAGAACGAAGAGUAUUCCGUGGACGUGCAGAUUCUUUUAUUGCACGCAUGCAUCUUGUACAAGGAGAUAGACGCUUCUCACAAUGGAAAGGAUCAGUCUUGGACUCAGUUGUUGGAGUUUUUCUCACUCAGAAUGUCUCUGACCAUCUUUCUAGUUCUGCAUUUAUGUCACUUGCUGCACACUUCCCCCUCAAGUCAACCAGCAACCAAAAAUCAUGCUAUGAAGAAGGGUUGAGCUUUGUAGUCGAUGAACCAGAACUGUACAUACUGGAUCCAGAAGACAGCAUACAAUGGAAACCAGUUUGUGACCAGAGUUCCAUGACACUACAUGACCCUGAACAUAAUGAAGAAAAAGAGGUAGUUAACAGCAACGAAUCCCCUGGAGGCAGUACAGUGGCAGAAACAGCAUGUUAUACAGGAGGAGGUAGGCUAGCAAAAACCUAUUCAGUUUCAUCUCAAGAUUCAGCCUUUUCAUCUCAAAACUCUCCACCUGUUCUAACUGCUGAAAACAUAGGAUCAGGCCUAGAGAGGAACUCAGAAGCAGACUAUCUAUUAAAUGGGUCUAAGCCCAACAGCUCAGAUGGCUUGGCUUCUAUUGUGGAGCUUCAACAGAUGGCUGGAUCUACACUGCUAGAUGAAUUUUACAGUCAUGUAAGUGGCAGUGCACCUUCUGAUGAGAACCCAAUGGAUGCAUGCAAUGAAUCUAAAGGUAUGAAUCAUGACAACCAAAGACAAGAUAUAGACAAGAUAAAUGAUCCUCAAAGCUCCCUAGGAGCAUCCAUGAGCCUUUCCAGUAAUUAUCAUUUGCAUCUGACCUCCACUUCAAGAGUGCCAGAAGUUGAGUGCUCUGAGAUGUUCAAAGAAGAAACCCAAUCUUCUGACAUUUCCCAGAACAAAGAUGAAAAUAGUGUGAGUGAACAAAGUGCAAUAACAGUUGAAUCUUCAAGUCAAGAUACUGUUCAAAAUAAGCCUACAAUGAAUGUUCCAAAAGCUCCUAGAUCUUCAAGCAAAUCAGGCAACAGCGUUCAAGUAUAUGAAAAUGUGAUCAUUCCAUCUCAAAGCCAGGUACUUGGGGACCCUAAAAUUGUUGAAUCACUAGCUCAGGGGCAAAACAUUGAAGUGCAACAAAGCUUGCCAAGUCUUUCUGGAGAAACCCAAGAUGUUACAGCAAUCAGUGAGAUGAAUGCUGCUACUAUAAAAGCAAAGAGAAGAAGAGCUGCAAAGGAGAAAAAAGAAAAUGUUAACUGGGAUAAUCUUAGGAAACAGGUGGAAGCCAAUGAAAUUAAAAGAGAAAGAACAGCAAACACAAUGGACUCACUGGACUGGGAAGCUGUAAGAUGUGCAGAUGUUAAUGAGAUCGCCAGCACCAUCAAAGAACGGGGGAUGAACAACAUGCUUGCAGAGCGUAUCAAGGAUUUCCUUAACCGACUGGUUAGAGAACAUGGGAGUACUGAUUUAGAAUGGUUGAGAGAUGUUCCACCUGACCAAGCAAAAGAAUAUCUGCUAAGCAUAAGGGGAUUGGGGUUGAAAAGUGUAGAGUGCGUACGGCUUUUGACACUCCACCAUCUUGCUUUUCCAGUGGACACAAAUGUUGGACGAAUAGCUGUAAGAUUGGGAUGGGUGCCCCUUCAGCCACUGCCUGAGUCACUUCAGUUGCAUCUUCUAGAACUGUACCCAGUCUUGGAAUCCAUUCAAAAAUAUCUCUGGCCCCGAUUAUGCAAGCUCGACCAAAGAACAUUGUAUGAACUUCAUUACCAGAUGAUUACAUUUGGAAAGGUAUUUUGUACAAAAAGCAAGCCAAAUUGCAAUGCUUGCCCAAUGAGAGGAGAGUGUCGACACUUUGCUAGUGCAUUUGCAAGUGCAAGGCUUGCCCUGCCUGGGCCAGAGGAGAAAAGUAUAGUGACUGCAACUGAAAACAGACCAGCUGAAAACCCUACUUUGAACAUCGAUCGACUGGCCCUGCCUCUCCCUCAGGAGUGCAGACAAUUAGAAGCAAAAACUGGAGUUAGUAACUGUGAACCUAUUAUUGAAGAGCCAGCAACACCAGAGCCAGAAUGCACUCAAGCAGAAAAUGACAUUGAGGACACUAUAAAUGAGGACCCUAAUGAAAUUCCUAUAAUCAAACUUAACAUUGAGGAGUUCUCUCAGAACUUACAGAAUUAUAUGCAAAACAACAUGGAACUUCAAGAAGGUGACGUGUCAAAGGCCUUGGUCGCUUUAACUCCAGAAGCUGCAUCAAUUCCAACCCCCAAGCUUAAAAAUGUGUCUCGACUACGAACAGAGCACCAAGUCUAUGAACUUCCAGAUUCACACCCUCUUCUGAAUGGGCUAGAUAAACGAGAACCUGAUGAUCCCUGCUCAUACCUUCUUGCUAUAUGGACACCAGGUGAGACAGCAAAUUCCAUCCAACCACCUGAAAAAAGUUGCAGCUCCCAAGAAUAUGGCAGAUUGUGUGACAAGAAGGAAUGUUUCUCAUGCAACAGCAUACGUGAAGCAAAUUCCCAGAUGGUCCGAGGAACAAUUUUGAUACCAUGUCGAACAGCAAUGAGGGGAAGCUUUCCACUCAAUGGCACCUACUUUCAAGUUAACGAGGUAUUUGCUGACCACGAUUCAAGUCUCAACCCAAUUGAUGUUCCUAGAAAUUGGAUAUGGAACCUGCGAAGGCGAACUGUGUACUUUGGAACCUCCAUACCAACAAUAUUUAAAGGUUUAACAACACAAGAAAUUCAACAAUGCUUUUGGAAAGGAUUUGUUUGUGUGAGGGGAUUUGACCAGAAAUCAAGGGCACCUCGCCCUCUAAUGGCAAGACUGCACUUCCCGGCUAGCAAGUUGACCAAGACAAAGGGUAAGACGGAUGAUUAGUAGAUGGUGAUAAGCUCAAAUGGCUUGACACUAAAUCCACAAUGUGUAGACGAGUAUUUAGCGGCUUAGCAUGCAACAGUUCUGACUUGGUUCAUUGGAGAAAAAAAAGUGAAUUUACGGCAGAGUUGUAUGAUCUCACAGUGACGUGAGCCUGUAACAUGUGAUUUUCAAUGUUGUAAUUACUUAAUGUCUUGCUCAAAUCUUGAGCCAUUCUUCUAGAAUCAGCAAACAUGACAAGAAUGUCAUAUUGUACUU